UGGUUGAAACUAAUAACAAAUACGUCAUAUUUGUAACUAUUACCAUCUCAGAUAAUAUUAUGAAUUUUCAAACUUCACCAGUCUUUGAACCUCUUCGCGUAUUGAUAUUCAAUUCUCUUACCCCUGUAGCCAAACUGGUUUCGUGGAAAAUCUUAUCAGGAUCAGUCUUUGGGGAAAGUCAACUAAUUGAUCUGACUCUAGUGGUAUAUGUCAAUGAGAUACCUAGCGCUGAAUUGUUGAAGAAUGAAUUAGAAACUGGCGCAUUGUCAUGCAUGAAUACCAUAAAAAUUACAUCUGAUUUACCUAGUAUUUCAGAUGGCGACGUAUUCUGUUUCAAUACAAACUUUCCAAAUCCAAAUACCUACGAAGAAGAAGAAGAUGAAUAUGAUGAUUGUUUUAGUUCAUUGUAUCUCAUUAUCAAACUAGCAAGUAGCUUUACGUGGCCGGCUAGUAAUCAAAAUACAGAAGACACAAACGAAAGUGAUCUAAAUAGAGGAAAGUAUAUAUCUGCUUCUGUUCUUAAGAGGAAACCAAUUAUAGUAGCAGAUGGCAUUGUAACAAUUGACAUAUUGAAGUCGUUCUCAGAAAAUAUGCCUCCAGACUUGUUUUUCUUCCCUUCGCCACUAACAUCGAUUGCAAAGGCUGUUUUGGCUGAUUACUUAGGAGUCCGUUGUAAUAAUAUAAACGAUUCAUUGGUUUGGGCGGCAAAUGAUGAGGUUUUCCAUAUUCAAGUUGAAAAACCUAUAAUAACUAAAGGUGCAGUUACGACUAGCUCAUUAUGUGAAGGAGACACGAUCGACAAUAACUUCUUAGAAAGUAUAAAUAUGGAUUCAACACAAUUCAGCGAAACUUGGCUGAAAAAAGAUUUUCUCGACAAGGUGUGUUCAAUUGCAAGUAAAAAUCCAUACGGAUCUAUCUACAAAGCAUCCGAGUUAGCUAGAGUUAUGCGAGACGUGUGGAAAACACGUGCAGUCAAAAAUAACGACCAAUUAACUUACAGUACAAAUAUAGGCGUCAUAAGCGAUGGAUCUUUAAAUACAAUUAAAGGUUUGCCGUAUAUUUUACCAGUGACGUUCAACAAUGAUUCAUGGGAAGUCAACGAGAGAUUUGCAGAAGAUAUCCAUCUGAAACAAGAAAUAAAAAGGAUCAACUUAUGUGUUAAGAAGCAGCAUGCAAAGCUCAUUCCGUUGUGUAAAAAGUUCCUAGAGACACAUGUUAAAGCUCAAAUAACUGAUGAGUCAACUGAAUACAGCCGUGUUGUUAGUGUUUCAACAUUUUGAAAAAAAAAGCAAAAGAAAAAUGCAAGGAAUGUAUUUUAGGUAUUG